AUGGCCACUCCACAUGUCAAGGUUGUCUUCGAGGUCAUGAUGUGUGGUGUCAAAACCCAGACCACCAUGUCCUUUGAUACGAUCGAAAACGUGCUCCAGUACAUCGGGCAAUCGACACCCCUGCCCUCCAUAAUCGGGCUAGAUCUCCCCAUGACGCCGCAGGACUUCCUUGAUAUAGACCGCUAUCUCUGCACUAGCAAGGGCACCCUCCGCGAACUGAGGCUGGAUAUGGACGUGCCGGUGCCUGGCCAAUAUCCCUGCCACCGCAGGCAGCCGGUUAACGCACACUCGUACCCCGCGUUAGUCUCCCUCUCGGUGCACGGCUUCGUCCCGACGACGCUGGAUUCCAGCUUCAUCCACCUUACCCACCUGACGCUGGGCGACGUGUAUUCCCAGACCCCACCUCUCUGGCGCGACCAAUUCUUGGAUGCCAUGAAGACCUGGACGAGCCUCAAGGUUUUGGAGAUCGAGGAGUACAAUAAAAUGAUCCAGGUCCCCGAGAGCUCGAGGUUGGUCACUCUGCCAAGGCUUGAGAUCCUCAAGAUCAAGGAUUCUCCGCACUGGGCGAGCUGUAUCUUGCCCUGCUUGGAUCUGCCCGGUCUGCGUCAAUUGCAUACCCAUAGAACGUUUGCCGACCUUCCCUGGGGCGGUAACAUGCUGUUCUGGGUUCCUCCACUCGGUAAUGCGGUGACCAGACUCCUGCACAUGAUCAAGGGGGUCCAUAUUGAGGUCGCGCAGGAUGUGUAUCAGCCGACAACGAUAUCCACGACGGGUCCGGAUGAUCGUCGCGUCGUCUUGACCGCGUCUGUUAUGGCGCCCAUGACCAGGUGGCACCAGUGGCAGCUUGAGGUGUUGCCCUCCAUCAUGCUCGCUAUGGCGAAUGUGUUCCCCCAAGCUGCGACGUUCAAUAUUACGGGGGAUUUCGCGACGAUGGGCAAGAAGACCUGGACCGGCUUUCUGAAGACUUAUCCCGAGCUCUUAGAGCUUCACAUCAGGGAUAUCGGCCACCGCGACGGUCGGCCCCUCUUCCUCGCCCUCGAUCAGUCCGAGCUAGGACCUGACGAUCGUGUCCUCUGCCCGAGCUUGAAGUACAUUUCUAUGUACGGCGUAGCGCAGUCUAGGGAGCUGCUGCAGGAGAUGCACAAUGCCCUGCUAUGCCGGUCGGACCACAAUUUGGUGCUCGACCACCUGGAUCUCUACCCACAGAUUUUGGCCGAACCGGACAGCGACGACCUCUUGGAGGAGCUCCGCAGCGACAUCGAGGACGCAGUCGCUGUGUUUGAGUACAAAGCGCUCAACUCUUACUAG